AAACCUCCUAGUGCCGAUUGCAUCCCCCGCAUAAUUACCCAAGCUCUCCUGCAAGCCGUCCUCCUUAAUCAGCCCUUGAAACCGAGCCAUGGCCACUCCUGUCUCUCCGGCGGUCCCUCUUCUGCCUUGCAGAAACAGCGCCGAUUGUGGCUCGCUCGUCACCGCCAACCAACCUGUAUGGAACUGUGUCGCCGAUAAUGCCAACCCCAUUCCGGGCUAUACUGGAAAGUGUGUUGCCGCAGGCCAGUCCCUUCCCACCGCAACGACCUCGGCAACAUCGAGCACCAGCACCUCAACCGACGGCUCUGAUGCCGCCAUCAACUGGCCACUGUAUGGCGGCAUCGCCGGCGGCUGCGUGGUCCUGAUCGCCGUCAUUGUCAUUGUGUUGGUCUGCCUUCGUCGCCGGCGAAGAUCAAAGUCCAAGUCUGCUCAGAAGGUCACCGAUCUCACUGCCGAGGGCGGCUCCGGCACCCGCGACCUUCCGCCGCCCGUGUCCUUCAAGGACCUGGAAAUCGACCUGGAUUUAAAGUUUGAUCUGCCGCCUCACAACGAGCCUGUCCCGCUCGCCAUCCGCAAGAUCAACGACUCGAGCGCAAAGACCAUUGCCCGCUCCGACUCGGCCUCGACCAAGAGAAGUGUCCGCUUUGCCGAUUCGGAACCGGGUGCAACUUCCCCCCAGCUUGCAGCGAACUCGCCUUCUCAUGAUCAUUCCAAGGACCAACGCAGCCCCCUUGCCGGCUCUGGCCGUCCAAACCCGAGCAGCGCCAGCAGUACCCCGCGCGUCCCAGAACCUCCCUCGUAUCUGCCGGAAGCACCCAGGCCCGUCGCUCCGACCUCGCCUGCUCCAGAGCAUGCCAUCUCGACUUCACCUUCGCGUGUUCCUGCCGUUGCUCCACUGGUCGAAUCCCCUGUCCAACCGUCCGUAGCUGUCGCUGCGGCUUCCGCUUCUACUGCCCGCGUCCCAGUCACGGCAACACAGUCCCCUGCCAUCGCCCCUCAGCUGGAUCAGCACCAAGUCCAAUCCCGUGAGCCUGCCCCGCAAAGUGUUUCCGUGCCAGAGAUCCAGCCCAUCCAGCCCAUCGCCUCGCAGCCGGCCGCCGCUCCCAGAGCCCAUGAUCAGAUCACUGUUGAUCCUCAGGCCAAUGCGGCUUUGGAGGAGCCGCAGCCCUUCUCUGGCGAGGGCACUCCCAUCUCUGCACAGACCUAUAGCCCGCGCUCCCAGUACUAUCAAGCCCAGUACCCCCAGGGACAGUACCCCCAGUACCAGUACCCCCAGUACCAGUAUCCCCAAGGACAGUAUCCCCAGGGACAGCUCCAGCAAGGCUCGCCCUACCAGCCGAACCUCCCGUCCCCGUACCAGCCCAUCAACCCCGAACCAUACCUCCCUGCCGGAUUGCCUCCCCGACACAUGAUCAAUGCCCCCCAGCGCCGCGAAUCCUACAUGAGCACUGGCAGCCACAGCCACGUUCUGGAUAGCGACUACAUUGACUCUCCUCGCCCAGAAGACUCCCCCGCUAGCGGCGAGGUGUCCGGCACACACAUGCGCUUCUUUGAAAUGGCGCACCAAUAUCGCCAAAUGCAGCAGCAGCAGCAGCAAACCACCCAGUCGACCCAGCGAUUCUCGCGCACCUUUGGCGAGUCGCCCCUGGGUCAGUCCCUGAAGCACUCCGACAGCACCCACAGUCUCCUGGACAACUCGCGCCCUGGUUCCCGCCACAGCUACGUCCCCUCCGAUGCCAACCCGCUCGGCCUGCCCACCGAUACGCCCGGCACAUACUAUCUUGAUCCGGCGACCCGCCAGCUGUACUUUGUCCCGAACCCGCUUCCUUACGGCUCGUAUCCGUCGCCGUAUCCAUCCUCGGUCGCCUCGGGCUCGUCCGUCAGCGUCAACUAUGCCGGACACAGCAGCCCUCGCACCAAGCCCCUCCCUUCCGACAUUUCUGAGCAUCGGCUCAGCGUUGCUGAGAGCGCCGGCUUCAAGACUCGCCCUGGGCAGUAAGCAAGCUGCUC